AUCACAUUUAUGAUAACAAUCAACACUAUCAUCGACUCCGACAAAGUGAUGGUGUUAGACGCGGGACAAGUGGUUGAGUACGACAUUCCCCACCAUUUAUUGGACAAAAGCGAUGGUCUGUUCAGUAAAUUAGUCAAACAGACGGGAAAUGAAAUGUCUGUUAGACUGAAACAAAUGGCGAUACAAUACUAUAAUCGCAAAAAUAAUAUCAAUGAAAAUGAAGGGGAAGUGAACAGCAAUUGUACCGACAAUUACUCAUGA